AUGCUAGAUCUACCACAUGGCAGCAAUAAUUUUUUUCUCUACUCGCAAGCACAGUUCAAAAAAUUAUUAGAUGGAUCGGAUCGAGUGGGCACAUGCACGGUGGAUGGCGGAAAGAAUUCUCACCGUAAACCUAAACCUAAGAGCUUGGUUCUGGGCGUCCUCCUGACACUCCCUAUGACCUACCUGGAGUCGGAGCUCGACCGGCGGGGCCAACACUUCCGCCUCUGGGAGUCCCCACCGAUCCUCUGGAAGGACUUCCUCCCGGCCAAGGCUCCGUCGAUCCGGACGGUGGUGGGGAACGCAGCCGUCGGGACCGACGGAGAGACCAUCGACGGGCUGCCGCGGCUGGAGAUCAUGGCCUCCUACAGCAUCGGCCUCGACAAGGUGGACCUUGCCCGGUGCCGGGAGCAGGGGAUCCGGGUGACAUACAACCCCGAUGUCCUCACCGACAACGCCGCCGACCUCGCCAUCGGCCUCUCUGUCGCCUCCUUGAGGCGGCUCUGCGAGGCCGAACGCUACGUGGGCCUGGUCCUUGACAAGCUGAUGAUUUUUGGUUUUUCCUUGCAUUUCAGUGGUAAAACUGUGGGCAUUAUUGGGCUUGGCAAGAUUGGUGCAGCUGUCGCCGAUAGGGCUGAAGCAUUUGGCCGCCCUGUCUGCUACCACUCACGAUCGAAAAAGCCAAACAUAAACAAAUACCACCCCAGUGUUCUUGAGCUGGCAGCUGACUGCGAUAUUCUCGUUGUGGCUUCCACUGAGGAAACUCACCACAUCAUCAACCGCAAGGUGACCGAUGCUUUGGGCCCCAAAGGCAUGCUUGCAAACAUUGGACGAGGUCCCCAGGUGUAUGAGCCUGAGCUCAUCUCAGCACUGGUUGAGGGCCGGCUCGGAGCAGCAGCUCUCAAUGUAUGCGGGCACGAGCCGCCGGUACCAGAGGAACUAUUUGGGAUGGAAAAUGUGGUGUUGACACCUCAUGUGGGAAGCACCACUAAAGCAAUGGCAGACUUGGUUCCAGGGAACUUGGAGGCGCAUGUGCUGAAUAAACCCUUGCUUCUAACUCCAGUCCUGUGAUUCUAUACAAUGUAAGCGCAGAGAAAUUGCUUUUGGUCAUUACAAGAUGGAUUUUUCAUCUGGAUAUCUGCAAUAUGGCAAGCCAUUUAUUUUCAUGUCAAUAUCUUGUCAAAUUUGUCUGUACAUCUUCAUUUCGUGAAAUAUCACUGUUCUUUUCUCAGUCAAAUUGUCAAUAUGUAUCCUUUUUUUUCAUCACUUUUGGAUUUGUGCAAUGUUGACAAAUUAUUCAUUUGGUGAAAUAUCAAUUUUGCUUUCAAUCAA